AUGAAACAAACCAUUGCAUCUACUUCUUCCAAUCAUUCUGAGAUUUUAGCAAUUCACGAGGCUAGUCGUGAAUGUCUAUGGUUAAGGUCGGUAAUUCAACAUAUAAAAGAAGUUUGUGGUUUAUCAUCUGGGAAAGAGGCACCAACAAUUUUAUAUGAGGAUAACGCAGCUUGUAUUGCUCAACUUAAGGAAGGAUACAUCAAAGGCGACAGAACAAAGCACAUCUUACCCAAAUUUUUCAUCACUCAUGAUCUUCAGAAUAAUGGAGAUAUAAAUGUAUUGCAGAUUCGUUCAAGUGAGAAUUUAGCAUACUUAUUAACUAAGGCUCUUCCGACAGCAAUAUUCAAAAAGUUAGCUUACGGCAUUGGAUUGCGUCGUCUUAAAGAUCUCAAGUGA